AUGGAUGUAUCUGGUCAAGAUACAAGCGAUCCCUGUACUAAUUCAUCUGAAGGACCUGUAACCGUUGCACAAGCGAAAUAUGAUCCGUUUUUUACAAGAAACCUAAGAGUUAUUGAGGAUUUAUUAAUUGAUGAGAAACGAUAUCACAGCACUCCUGGUUUCUGUGUUUCACAAUCUCCUGCAAGAACCACAUGGAUGAGACGAUCUCUUCUUAAUUGGCUUCGAGAUAUCUGUAUCCAUCGUGGGACUGAUGGUGAAGUUCUAGCACACACAGCACAGCUGAUUGAUCGUUAUAUGCACAUAGUGCCAACUGAGCAAAAUGAGUAUCAACUUGUGGGUGCAACGUGCUUCUUCAUCUCUAGCAAACUGAAAGAAACUGUACCUAUAGCCUUAAGAAAAGUCACAGAAUACACAGCCAAUUCACUGACAGAACAGGAUGUCUUAGCCAAAGAACUUACAGUGUGUAUAUCACUCAUGUGGGACUUGACUUGCAUUACCCCGGUAGAUUUUGUCGCUCCUGUGGUUGAGUUCCUUGAGUUCGUACCUAGCUUGCGUCAAAUUAUUCGUCAGGCUGCACUUUGUAUAUAUAUUAAGGCUUUUCACGUUGAAGAAAUUAGUACUUAUAUGCCCAGCUAUAUAGCAGCCGCAUGUAUUCUUUAUGCUUUGAAUCUAACUGUACAUCGGGAUUUAAGUGAUACUGCUAUCAGAUCAGUUACCCGUAUUCAGCGAAUUUUAAGGCUUGAAGCACGCAAAAUGCGUGAAGCAUAUCAAAUUCUUCAAGCUUGCUUUGAACCUGGAACUGUGCAACUAUCAAAUGCUGUGUUAGAAGGUGAUAUAGAGCCCCCUGAAAGUCCCGUUCGUGAAGUACCGGUUCAUCUUGUCCAUCAAUUACAUUCCUCUUCUACAACACCAGUCAACACGACUGUAUUACUUCCACUAGCGACUAGUAUGUAUAUCCACCCACAUCUUAACUCGUCUAAUCAGUCUUCACUAACUUCUGUUGAUAUUCCUUCUCUAUCUACCUCCAUGGUUUUUGUAAAUAAUAGCGUAAGCUUUGAUCGUAAUUGUAAACCUACAACGUCCGCUUCUCUUUCAGCUUGUUCUACUUCAUCCCCUCCUUCAGAAGCUGAAAAUAUGGGAUUAAGUGAGCUAGAAAAUGAACAUUCUCGAUGCGCUUAUAUUAAUCGAUCCCGGUUAUCUAUGCCGUUAAUUCAUUAUUCUCAUUCUACCCAGUUUUGUCAUCAUUCUAAUGUAUCAGCUACUGAUAAAUUAAGCGAACGCAAACUGAUCCCAUUAGUUUGGGAAAAUCCAGUUUCAAAUCGGACAAAUCAGUAUAAGUAA